UGAUACUACAGUAUAUAAGACGUCUUGCCUGCCAUAAUGUGCAAAUACAUCUCGACACCACCAGAGCCAAGCAGAACAGUCCUAUUAGCAUUGUCUACAUCAUUAUUACUAACACCAUAUCAUCUAUUCCAUAUUUUAAUCGCUUGAAAUGGCAGCCGCAGCGCUACGACCGCAAAUUGUGGAUGGCCUCAUAAUAGGAGGGGGCCCAGCAGGCCUCAACUGUGCCCUUACCUUCGCCCGCCUCCAAUCUACAGCAAUAGUCUUCGACAGUUCUACAUACCGCAACGAAGGUGUAAAGCACAUGCACACGGUUGCCACCAGGGACCACUUCGACCCUCAGGAGUUCCGACGCAUUGCCCGUGACCAAAUCGAAUCGCGGUACAAGAGCGUGUGGUUCGAGAAAGCCAUCAUCACGCACGCCGCGAAGAAACUCAUCGGACCGGACGGAAAGUACGAAGGUUUCCAAAUCAAAGACGACCAAGGCCGGACUUUUGAGGGAAAGAAGUUGAUCCUCGCAACGGGUAGCAAGGAUGUAUUGCCUAACAUUCCCGGCUACAAAGACAACUGGCCGUCGCAUAUCUAUCAGUGUUUGGCCUGCGACGGAUACGAACAACGGGGAACUCCUAUAGGAGUCCUUGAUUUGCAACCUUGGACAUCCCAUUUCGUACAUAUGGCACAACAGCUUGAUGACAGGGUCACUGUGUUUACAAAUGGCCCCAUCCCUGCUACUCUUCCGCCACCUAUCGAGAGGUCAUUGAAGAUCUCGAAGGUCUUCGGUGCAAAAUUCGACGAGAGAAAGAUUAUUCGCAUGGUGAACAACGGUCCUUCUUAUGUUGAGGGUAUAACGCUGGAGUUUGAGUUGGGAGAGCCGGUUACUUUGGGUUUCGUGGUAGAUAAGCCGCCGGUUGUAAACAGGGCACAGGAUCUGAUUGAUCAAUUGGGAUUGGAAACUGUACCCUUGGAGCAAGGCGGGCACUUGAAAGUCAACUCUAUGAAUGAAACAAAUGUUAGGGGUGUUUUUGCAGCGGGCGACACUACUGUCAUGAUGAAGCAAGUGGUGAUUGCCAUGGCGGAUGGACUCAAGGCAGCGGCGGGAGCGGGAAUGCAAAUUGCGGAGGAGAGAACUAAGGAAGCAUUGAAGACAUUCGAAAAUGGAUCGGAGUAACUUUUGAAGCAGUUCAUAAUCUUUUCACUGUCAUACUCUUAGCAAAUCUUCUAAACCAAUAGAAUGUUUUGGUUCGACAAUCAAAUAAAAAC